CUUUUGUUAUAGUAUUAAUCCACCCCUCACAAGGGUCUAUAGUGCUUCAUAUUAACCACUUUUUAUCGUUUUCUCCAGAGAACAAUCGACUUCUUAUUGCUUGCAAAUUUAGGUACACUGCAAUUGUCUGUUAUCUGAUCAAUCAGUGCAAUGUGGAUGUCAAUAGAGCUGUGACCAGUGAUGGACUAACUCCACUGGGAAUGGCAGUCAGAGAGGGGAAGCUGGACACUAUCAAGUACCUCAUCACAGAGUGCAAUGUGGAUAUCAAUAAUGUUCUUCUACUUGCCUGCCAGUAUGGAGUUACCAAAAUCGUGGAAUAUCUUUUGAAUGACGUUGUUGGCUGUGAUCCCAAUAUCAAAGAUGACGAUGGACACACACCACUCUUUCUUGCAAAGAACAAGGAAAUCAUUCUACUCUUGUUGCAACAUGGAGCUACUGCCGAAGAUGUCUAUACCAAUCAUCGCAAAGCUCUUGGUAACGUGUUUUCAAAGGAUCCCCUGAAAAACCCAGUGAAGAUGCUUGUUAUCGGUCAUGGUGGAGAAGGAAAGAGCACUCUCAUUGAAGCAAUGGAACACGAGCCAAGUGCAUUCACAUCUCUAGUCAGCAUCUUCGUCUCUCCUAAAGAAGUCGAUGGAGUUAGCAAGAAAACAGCCGGAAUCAUCCCUCGAUUAUUCAAGAGUCGUGUCUUUGGAGAUGUGUUGGUCUAUGACUUUGCUGGUCAAGAGGUCUACUACAGCAGUCACGCUGCCAUUAUCAAGAAUACAGUCGAUACGUGUCCACCCGUUUUUGUCAUGGUAAUCGGUCUCCAGAAUAACGACACCAUCACAGCAACCUCCGUCUCCUAUUGGUUGGGAAUUGUUGCCAACCAGUGUGCCAAUAUGGAGGGCAAAGCACCACUCAUUGUGGUAGGUAGUCAUGCUGAUCUCGUGACAAGCACACAAGCGGAGCAAAAGAAGAAAAUUAUAGUACGAGCCAUUCAAAAGUUUUCGAUGUUUGAUCUUGCUGGUUUUGUUUCAAUGGAUUGUCGCUUUUCAAGUUCUGAUGGCAUGACGAUGUUUAGGGAUAUUGUUGGAACUAGCUGUGCUUCCAUUCGAGAGCGGUUGUCUGUGAGCCUCAAUGCUCAUAUGUUUCUUGUCCACCUUCUUGACAAGUACUCGGGUGAGAUUGCUGUAACCCUGGAAGAAGUUCAGGGGAAAAUGAAGUAUCGUGUUUCUAGAAAAGAUGAAAAUGUUCUUUCUUUCGUGCCUACCAGCAUUCCACGACUUGUUGAUAUCUGUGUUCAACUCAGUGACAAAGGUCAUAUUCUUUUCCUUUGCAAUGCUUCCUUUCCAGAAAAGAGCUUUAUCGUUAUUGACAAAUCGAAACUCUUGGCUGAAGUAAAUGGGACCAUUUUUGCUCCUGAAGAUUUCACACAGCAUUGUGAGCUUUCCACAAGUACUGGGGUUGUUCUAAAAUCAGAUCUCGCUAAACACUUCCCCAAUUUCAACAUUGACAUGCUCAUUGGAUACUUGUUUCAUCUCGAGCUAGCCGUUCCCAUUGAAGACAAAAUAGUGCUCAGUCUUAUCGACAAGCAUCUUCCUGCAACGUCUGUGUCCGUCUCUGGAGGCUUCAUCUUCUGUCCAGCACUGAUCCGAUUGGAAGCUUCCAGCGAACCAAUGGCUACCACUAUUAAUUUCCAGUACAGUUUCAACUGGUCCCUGGCCUGUGCACACAAUGACCAUUUUUUCAACCCUCGAUUUCUUCACGUUCUUCUCCUUCGACUGUCUCUGUCGCUUGGUCUUGCUCCAGUGGUGGACACUGACAAUCCUGCCUUGCAAGGUCAAUGCUCGGUCUGGAAGACUGGUGUGUGUUGGCUCACUGAGGAUGGAAUCAGAGUCCGUGUUGAGGUGAUGGAGAUGAAGAGUGUCAUUAUUCAACUACAAGCACCUAAGGUCUCGUUAGAUGUACUCGAUGUACGAUCCACUGUUAUCAACAAAGUGGUUGAAGCUGCUCGUGAGUUUUGCCCCAACAUAGACACCGACGAACGGUUGUUACCUUCCACUGACAUCGCUGGUGCUCCAUUGUUUAGUAUGAAAUCUGUUGCUAAAAGCAUUUCUUGUCAGAAGGAAUUCGUUAAAUCUACCACCAGCACACAAGUUGUACCCGUGGGUGAGCUGCUGCAAUCUGAGGUGUACGCUGAUCUCGGUGAAAAUAUUCUACAAGGUCUAUGCAACAAAGGUGACCCAGCACACGAUGAGAAACUCUGUGAUGGACUGCUCUCAGCUCUUUCAUCUUGUUGGAGCAAGAAUCGUGAACUAUCAGACAUUGUUUGUUCAGUUGUUUCUAGAGCUGCUGCUAAGAGCACACAUGGAAUGAGUGGCAGUCUAGAGCAUGCCCUGAGGGUGUGGAGGGACAGUGGUGACGGCACUUGCAGAGCAUUGAGACUGAUUCUGGAUCCACUCAGUGUCUUCUCUGGGAAGAACCCUCUUAUGGAGCCACACUGCCAACUAUUGAGAGGACUGAAGUCAGACAACCCUCAAGCCCUGGCACAACCUCUGAUGAGGGAGGAGUUGGUCUUCAAGAGUUGAUGGACAGGUACCGUGUCGAUACCGUCCAACUUGAUAGAGAGAUCCCUGAUAAUAAAGUCCCAGUCAUAGCUGCCUAUUUCGACAGUUUGGAGCUCUACUCUCAAGCAAUGGGUCUGAGUGCCGCUGAUCAAAGUACUGUGAAAACUAGCCUCGUUCAAUACGAUGCUCAGUCAGCCAUGGCCAAAUGCUUAUCAAUAUGGAAACAGAAGAACUCUUUCAAGGCCACAUUCAGAGCACUGUUGGAGCUGCUACUGAGGCUGAAUAGAACGGAAGUAGCUGCUCAAGUCUGUCAGUACUUGACUCAGAAUUCAUGAUGAUGGAGAUGGAGCAGUUCUAACUAUCAAUGAUCUAAUGCUGAACACUAACAAUAAUUAUUAUUACGUAUUCUAUACCCUAUUUAGCUUAGCUCUGUCAUUUACAGUUACCGUAUAUCUUCUAAUUUAUCGGACACUUCUAAUUACUCCGGACACUCUUUUGGGCAAUUUUCGUUGUUCUAAUACAACGGACACUCAGUGCUUUAAUAUUACAUUUGUUCUAAA